CUCAUCUUCCAAUCUAGAGUAUCCAUAACCCUCUAACCCUAAAACUCAUCGGCUGCCACUCCACCGCCUCCCAUCCCUCUCAGAAGAAGAUAGGUCUACAGGAGAACCGCCGGAAAAUACAGGGCCGUGCCCGCUGGAGAAGAAGACAGGUCUGCGGAGAUCCGCCGGAAGAAAAAGAAGUAAGAGAAAACCAACCGCCCAACCCGCGAUCGCGCCGCUUCGCUUGUGGUGGCACUGAGCCGCUCCGCCGCUAUCGCGGCCGCUAUUGAUAAAGCGUGGGUGUUGGUUUGUGGAUUGUAUACUUAUCCUAUUGAUUGCGUUAGUGAAGUGGCAAUAGCUAUCAUAUCAAUUAACAACUAGAGGGAGAUACGAAAUGCUUCAGCACCAAAUAGUGCAGUCCCCAGCUAGGUUAGGACUUGCUAACCCUAAUUCCCCUUCAAUUCCAAACCCUACCCCUCCAAAGCUUCCUUCAACGCAGACCCAUCAGCCUCAAGAUCGCAACUCUUCAGCCCUCUUGUCUCUCCUCCCACCCCUCCCCAGAGCCCAAGCACUUCUUCUCCAAAUGGCUUCUUUAGCUUCCAAACUCUUUGAAGUUUCCCCCAACCGGUCCCUUUGGGUCACUGCCUUCCGCGGAACCCUCCCAACUUUCCUCUCUUCCCAUUCGUCUACCCCGCCAGACACUUCUCCAGCCACCGCAAAAGAAAUCAUUUCCCUCUUUACGAUUCUCCAAACCCAAAUCAUUGAAGCUGUUGCUGAGCUCCAAGAGAUUCUUGACCUCCAAGAUGCCAAGCAGAAGAUUGACCGUGAAAUUCGCUCCCAGGACUCCACACUUCUUGCAUUUGCCAACAAACUCAAAGAUGCUGAGUGCUGCCUUGACAUCCUUGUCGAUGAUUACUCUGACUAUCGCCGCUCCAAGCGGUUGAAAUCUGGGGAUGAUGAUUCAAUGACUUCAUCAACUGUCUCCUCUCAGCUGAAGCUGUCGGAUAUACUAUCUUAUGCCCACCGGAUAAGUUACACCACCUUUGCUCCGCCGGAUUUCGGAGCCGGUCAAGCUCCUCUCCGUGGCGCACUGCCACCUGCACCACAAGAAGAGCAAAUGAGAGCUUCACAGUUGUAUAAUUUUGCAGACCUUGAUGUUGGGUUGCCUAAAGAAGUCGAAACCAAGGAGAAAAUUGUUGAAGCUAUUGUUGAGCCUCCACCACCGAUGGAUGCUAAUGCAGUUGCGAAUUUGUCUGCAUUUCAAGGGAUGUUACCUCCUAUGCCACCAGGUUGGAAGCCGGGAAUGCCUGUGCAAUUACCGGAUUCGGCAAUUAAGCCCCCGCCUGGGUGGAAACCAGGGGAUCCCGUGUCGUUGCCUCCCAUGGACACGAUUCAAAUACCGAGAUUUGCUGAGCAGCAAAUGCAACAUCACAUUCCUCAGCCUAAGCAACCAGAAGUUAUUCAAGUGCAGCCUGUUAAUUUGGACCUUGGAGGAAGUGAUACUAGUGAUUAUAGUAGUGAUGAUGCCAGCUCUGAUGAUGAAGAUUGACAGGAAGAAACUACUAAGAAAAAGUAUGGAGUGAUGUUGCCAACUCACGCAGCGGUGUGUGGCGGAGGAGGUGAUUGGAGAGGACGUGGGUUUGCACUCUUCCAUUGCUAUGGGUUAUAUCAUGAACAUAAGAAAGUUCUCUCUUUUGAUGAAGUUGAUGACAGAAUUUAUGGGCGCAUAUUAUGAAAGAGAACUGUGAUCCGAGAAGACAUAUUAUGUUUUUCUAAUGUGUUCUCAAACAAACCAAGAGUUUAAUUUGUAUAUCAGUUAAUAUAAUAAAUGACUCUGAUUCAAAACUUGUCCAACUUUGAACGAACUCUCACCCUAAGGUAAAUAGUGUGAUUCAUGUUUAAAUGGCUCUGCCCUGUCAAAUGAUGCAUAAUUCUUUAGGUAUGAUUCCCCGCGUGACAAUGUUGUGUACUUCUGUUGCUGCAUGCAACAUGCCCGAACGGGACUAGACUACAUGUGUUAAAAGGAUAUAAAUGUACUUUUAUUUAGUUAUAUUUCUUUA